ACCAUUACAAUAAUGAACUACCGCGCGACUGAUCUCUGUUAAUUGUUCGGGUUAUUGCUUGUUACAUCCCUUUGUCCUGCCAUAUACAAUGUCGCUGUUUGGCGAUGACAUAGACGUGCCGACACCAAGGCAGAAAGCGACUGGCCUUUUCAGUGAAGGCAACAAUGCCGGCCAAGCGCGGACAAGCUCGAGCAUGUUCGGCGACGAUGGCAAUGCUGCUGGCGGUGACGACUCGCCUUGGGGCUUCACGCCUUCGAAGAAAGGAGCUGGACGAGGGGGGUUGGUGAAGAGCUUGUUGGCCGGGGCGAGCAUGCCGGAUAGUUAUGUGGAUGCCUUCGACGCUAUGCAGACGGGAGGGAGCGUGAGCGCGCAAGACUGCCAGAAGCUGCUCCACGAAGUCGUCUCGGGCAAUGCGGCAGAUAAGAUCUGGAACAUUGUGUCGAGUAAUGGCCAAGCAACGGAGCUGGGUCGGAACGAGUUCAACGUGCUGCUUGCCCUCAUUGGACUGUCGCAGGAAGGCGAGGAGCUGAGCUUGGACGCGGUUGAUGAGAGACGCAACAAACUUCCUCAGCCUUCCCUGCCACAGAGGAAGACCGCACAGCAGACUCAGCCGCCGCCUGCUACACCCCAGUCGCAGCCCGGCGCUGAGCAGCAAAACGGCCAUAUGCCGGAGCCAGGCUUCGGCGCCAGUGGCUUCGCCGAGAGUGAUCCAUGGGGUAGUCCGCAGAUGCACAAGGGACAUCCGCAUACGAAUGGCGCGCCGCAACGCACUACGAGCAGCUUCACCACCGGCGCCGCGGAUCCUAGUGACACCCAGCCAAGUGGGACUUUUGGGAAUGGCCAAGCGGCACAACAGGAUGGCUCCACAACGUGGGGCGGCAGUAGCAACAUCAGCAAUGAGGGUGGGUUUGGCAGCUCUAGCGCUGGCGGAGACGGCUUCGGCGAAGGCAGUGGCAGUGGACAAGGGACUGUUCGCCGACCUGCUCCACCGAGACCUACUACUUCGAAGGGACAGGAGGAGAUCGUCACCGUCAACUUGCUGGAUGAGAAAGAAGGCAUGUUCAUGUUUCAGCAUCGCAACUACGAAGUAGCGUCGGUGAGGCGGAACAGCAAGGUCAUCCGCCGAUACAGCGACUUUGUGUGGCUGCUUGAUUGCUUGCACAAGCGUUACCCGUUCCGACAGAUUCCGCUGUUGCCUCCGAAGAGAGUGGCGAUCAAUGGCAACCAUAUCGCUGCGGAUCAGACCUUUAUUGAAAAGCGGAGACGAGGGUUGGCGCGUUUUACCAACGCACUCGUGCGACAUCCGGUAUUGAGGGAGGAGCAGCUGGUUGUUAUGUUUUUGACAGUGCCGACGGAGCUCGCCGUCUGGCGCAAGCAGGCCACCAUCUCCGUCCAAGAAGAGUUCACUGGCAAACCGCUACCACCGGGCCUCGAAGACAGUUUACCACAGAACCUGCCAGACACCUCCGACACCGUACGUUCCGGUAUUCGUCGAUCGGCGGAGCUGUACAUCAACCUCUGCAACUUGACCGAGCGCCUCUGCAAGCGCAAAGAAGGCCUGGCCGGGGAGUACAGUCGCUUCGGCAUGACACUUACCAGCCUUACCGACUCGUCUGCGGACACUUACGCUAUCGAUACCAACGAUGUGCCGCUGCUCAAUGAAGGGCUCAAGGGUACCGCGAAGCACGUUUCCAUCUCACAGAAUCUGCUCGAAGACGAAUCUCGAGCUUGGGAUGAAGGCUUGCUAGAGGACCUGAAAACUAUGCGCGACGCACUUGUCAGCAUGCGUGAUAUGUUCGAUCGCCGAGAUCGGCUGGCGCGGGAUAACAUUCCGCAGCUGGAGCGAAGAAUCCAGCAGAACGAGCAGAGAUUACAGGGAAUCAAAGCCAAAGGCGACGCGGCAAAGCCUGGCGAAGCGGAGAAGGUUGAGAAUGCAAUUGUCGCAGACAAGCAAAGCAUCGUCAACCAGCACGCCCGCGGCGUCUUCAUCAAAGAAUGCGUCCGCGAUGAGAUCUCUUUCUUCAACCAUACGCAAUACUACGUCAGCCGGCUUCACCAAGACUGGGCGCAGGAGCGCGUUAAGUAUGCUGAGUUGCAAGCCGACAACUUUCGAGGCAUGGUCGACGCUGUGGAGAGUAUGCCACUGGGCGACUAAGGUCGGAAAGCAGAGUAGGAUGCUUCCUGUACAGAGUGAUGGGCAGGCGCGAGAACUUCGCUUCCUUGUGCACAGAUUGUAAUCCUUUCCGAUACCCAUUGGCAUCGUAUAUAGGCCUGUACUGGAUCUCCUGG